AUGGGCCUUUGGAAAGACAUAUCAAAGCUAAACUAUAACAUCUGUGUUAGGCUGCUGCUUAAGACUCUUACCAGGACUGGUCAGAUGGCUCAGUGGAUAAAGGUGUUGGCCUCCAAGCCUGACCAUGAGGAGGAGGGAGGCAGGGCCUUCUGGGAGGCAAUAGGUCACAAAGGAGGAGCUCUCAAGCCCGGGGUUGUUGUUAUUGUUUUGAGACAUGCGGUGGUCUUCAGUCUGCCCUGCACCGGGGCCACCGAGGCCUGUCUGCGGGCCUGCCCUGCGGCCUGCAUCUGCAGCACCGUGGAGCGGGGCUGCUCUGUGCGCUGUGACCGUGCGGGCCUCCAGCGGGUACCCCAGGAGUUUCCGUGCGAGGCGGCCUCCAUCGAUCUGGACCGGAAUGGCCUGCGCAUCCUGGGCGAGCGGGCCUUUGGCACGCUGCCAUCCUUGCGCCGCCUGUCGCUGCGCCACAACAACCUGUCCUUCAUCACGCCCGGCGCCUUCAAGGGGCUGCCGCGGCUGGCCGAGCUGCGCCUGGCGCACAACGGCGAGCUGCGCUAUCUGCACGUGCGGACCUUCGCGGCGCUGGGCCGCCUCCGCCGCCUGGACCUGGCGGCCUGCCGCCUCUUCAGCGUCCCCGAGCGUCUCCUGGCCGAGCUGCCGGCCCUGCGCGAGCUCACGGCCAUCGACAACCUCUUCCGCCGGGUGCCCGGUGCGCUCCGGGGCCUCGCCAACCUGACGCACGCGCACUUCGAGCGCAGCCGCAUCGAAGCCGUGGCCUCGGGCUCGCUGCUGGGCAUGCGCCGUCUGCGCUCGCUCAGCCUGCAGGCCAACCGCGUGCGCGCGGUGCACGCCGGGGCCUUCGGCGACUGUGGCGCCCUGGAGGACCUGCUGCUCAACGACAACCUGCUGGCCGCGCUGCCCGCCGCCGCCUUCCGCGGCCUUCGCCGCCUGCGCACCCUCAAUCUGGGCGGCAACGCGCUGGCAAGCGUGGCACGCGCCUGGUUCUCUGACCUGGCCGAGCUCGAGCUGCUCUACCUGGAUCGCAACAGCAUCGCCUUUGUCGAGGAAGGCGCCUUCCAGAACCUCUCGGGCCUCCUGGCCCUGCAUCUCAAUGGCAACCAGCUCACCGUGCUCUCCUGGGCUGCUUUCCAGCCAGGUUUCUUCCUGGGCCGCCUCUUCCUUUUCCGCAAUCCUUGGCGCUGCGACUGCCAGCUGGAGUGGCUGCGGGAUUGGAUGGAGGGCUCCGGGCGUGUGGCUGAUGUGGCGUGCGCCUCCCCAGGCUCUGUGGCCGGCCAGGACCUCAGCCGGGUGGUCUUUGAGCGCUCCUCUGAUGGCCUCUGUGUGGACCCCGAUGAGCUGAACUUUACCACGUCCAGUCCUGGCCCGAGUCCAGAGCCAGUGGCCACCACUGUGAGCAGGUUCAGCAGCCUCCUGUCCAAGCUGCUGGCCCCAAGGGUCCCUGUGGAGGAGAUAGCCAAUACCACCUGGGAGCUGGUCAACGUUUCGUUGAAUGACAGCUUUCGGUCCCAUGCAGUGAUGGUCUUCUGCUACAAAGCCACGUUUCUCUUCACCUCUUGCCUCUUGCUCAGCCUGGCCCAGUAUGUGGUGUUGGGCCUGCAGAGGGACUGA